AAUAAGAGGAGCGAGAAAAUUAGAAACCCAGAAAAACCCUCUCUCUCCCGGGAAUCGUUUGCCUCCAUUUAGUGCAACGGUCUUCCCCAGCGACACAAUCUGCUUCGACACUCGCACGGCGCAGCCUCCGCUAUCGCCUCAGGGCUCAGGUGACAAGGACACUCUUCUUAGGAUCUCGUGAGGUUAUUUGCCUUGAACUUGAAUCAAAUCAUUGCAUAUUGAGUUCGCCUAGGGCCUCUCAAAAUAUUGGAAUCUCAAGGCCGGCCCUGCGCAAAACAUUCAGAACUGUCUUUAGAUAAUAUUGUGGUGUAAAAAGAGGGAAAAAUGCCAUUGGGACUGCUAUUAGGGUUAGGAAGGACAUUUCGAAGAAAACGCACCUCAUCACUUGACAUUCUCACUUCAAAAAGGGGCCCGCGAGAUUACUACAAGGGGAAGAAUUGCAGGCCAACUGGUUUUCAUACUCGCAAAGGUGGUUAUGUCGUGGUGCAAGAAAAAUUGCCGAACUAUGUAGUCCCGGAUUUGACUGACUUCAAGCUGAAACCAUAUGUAUCACAGUGCCCAAGAGAUAUGAAUACUACCGAGGAUGAUGGUUCUGCUAAAAAAUCCACCCAGUGAGAAGUAUCCGACCUAUCUUUUAAUGUCAAAAACUGUUAUUCUGAAGUUCCUUCUUGUUUCCUUGGUUUGGGUUGGAAAGUUGGGUGAGGCCAGUUCAUGCGUGUCCCUACUCAUUGUUAAACUUGUUAGUAUGAUUGACCAAAAUGGAAGAUGGAUAAACUUGAGUUAAACAUGAUGGCGUGACGAACUUAUUAUCCUCAUCUAACAUAAUUGGACUUGAGUUGUUUUUUUUUUUUUUUUUUUUUUAUUAUUUUAUUAUUCAAAUAAUAGAAGGGUGUUUUUGUGA